AUGUCAAGAAUCAAAGAAGUGUUUUUCUCUCUGCCAGAAAGAAACUACUUGUUACUCUGCUGUGAUGGAGCAUCCAAGGGUAACCCAGGGGUUGCUGGAUUUGGAUUUAUUGGAAGAAAUGACAGUGGGGAUUGUGUCAUAGCUAUGUCAGGUGGACUAGGAGUGGCUACAAAUUAUUAUGCAGAAAUCAUGGUUGUGUUAUAUGCAGGAGAGUGUGCAAUUCAGCAUGGUCACUUUCUACUCAUUUUUAGAUCAGACUCACAAUCAGUAAUAGAAGCAUUCAGAUCAAUGAAGGUUCCAUGGUUUGGAAUCUCAAGAUGGAAGAAAAUCUGUGAAAAAGCUUUGGAUUGGAGAUUUAUACACAGCUACAGAGAAGUGAACUUCUCUGCAGAUACAAUGGCAAAAAGGGGUGCAAAUCUUCAAAGGGGUGAAUGCAUCAGUUACAAUCAUAGACCACCUUUCCUUACACAAAUGGAAAAUGGUCAACAAAUUUACUACAAAUUUUAG